CAUAGGUUCUAGGACUAUUUUUCUUUAAUCUUUCUAAGGACUUAACUUUCUGUCCUGUCCUGCUCUUCCUGUCUCUUGCACUAUCCGAUGGGGCUUUUGACGCGGAUUGCUUGAAGGAUGCGAGCUCGGUGCUUGAAGUAAUGGUUCCAAGCGGUAGGAAGAUACCCACACAAUAACAAUGUCGCUGAGAUGGCUGGCGGAUGGGGAAACAAGAUCAUGCAGGACGAGCCAUCGUUUAUCGUCCCUGAGAGAUUCCCAUCUACACAGCGUGGUCGCCAUCUCGUGUACGCUACUUACUGUGUUUCCUCCGGGCUUCCUGUUCCUGUAAAUGGCGGCGCGGAUGUCGGCCAAGAGCGGUGGGCGAGGGCGGGGGCUAGAGUUUGGGCGGCAAGAAGUAAGGCGAGAGCCGAGAAGCCCGAAGAGUCUCACAUACAGGCCGAGCCGAAGCAGGUAGCAAGCGGAAACGAGCUUUCGGGGCAGGCAUCCGCCGAUAGUGUGCAUGGAUUUGAGGAGCAACAAACAGGAGGCGCCGGCAGCGGCUAUUUCUGCGGAGCCCAAGGGCACGGAGUGAGGGCUUCGACCGCUGUCGUCAUCAAGGUGGUAUCCUUUCGCGAGGUGCUUAGAGUUGAAGGCUAUGUGGCCCGCAGCGACGCUUAGGGUCGGUGGGCAGACUUUGCCUGGAACUUUCCCUAGCUAUAACUAA